CAACGUGUCCUCUCUUGGUGAUGAUGGGCAGGACCAUAAAGAGUCUCAGGAAUCAUUCCAAGGGUUCAGAUGUGGAGAUGCAAUGGAGGAACCUGUAAUUCAAAUGAAAUUCCAAAGGCAGGAGAGAAAUCAGUCAAAUAAUUGGAAUAAGGAAAGCUCAUCUUCCAUUGAUGCUCACAUGCAGGAGUUUCUUGAGCAACGAGGAAAAAUACAGAAAAAAUAUAUUGGGAAAGGUAUAAGACUAUCCAAAGGCACACUAGAUACAGAUGGACACUAUCCAUCCCAAGCCAAAGGACAAGGUUAUAUAUGUAAAGACAAUGGAAAAAAUUACAAUUGGACUUCCACACUUUCUCAAGAAAAUAGGUCUCUUACAUCACACAAAAUUCUUCACAUGGGAGAGAAGCCAAAUAAAUCCCUCGAGCAUGGAAAGAGCUUCUGUGAAAAUGAGACUCUUACUGUUCAUAAAAGGAGCCACACAGAGGAAAAGCCAUUUAAAUGCAUGGAGUGUGGAAAGGGCUUCAGUAAACCAAGUGGUCUUACUUCCCAUAAAAGGAUCCACACAGGGGAGAAGCCAUUUAAAUGCAUGGAGUGUGGAAAGGGCUUCAGUAAACCAAGUAAUCUUACUUCCCAUAAAAGGAUCCACACAGAGGAGAUACCAUUUAAAUGCAUGGAAUGUGGAAAGAACUUUAGUUUCAACAGUACUUUUACUUCCCAUAAAAGGAUCCAUACGGGGGAAAAGCCAUAUAAAUGCAUAGAAUGUGGAAAGGGCUUCAGAAUACAUGGUGAUCUUAUAACCCAUAAAAGGAUCCACACAGGGGAGAGGCCUUACAAAUGCAUGGAAUGUGGAAAGACCUUUACUUAUAACAGUCAACUUGCUUCCCAUAAAUGGAUGCAUAGAGGAGAGAAGCCAUAUAAAUGCAUGGAGUGUGGAAAGGGCUUCAGCCAACACAGUCAUCUUACUUGCCAUAAAAGGAUCCACACAGGGGAGAAGCCAUAUAAAUGCAUGGAGUGUGGAAAGGGCUUCAGCCAACAUGGUCAUCUUAUUUCCCAUAAAAGGACUCACACAGGAGAGAAGCCAUAUAAAUGCGUGGAGUGUGGAAAGGGGUUCCAUAUCAGUUCAUCCCUUAUGAAACAUAAGAAGAUUCAUACUGGGGAUAAACCAUAUAAAUGCAUGGAGUGUGGAAAGGGCUUCAGCCAACAUGGUAAUCUUAUUUCCCAUAAAAGGACUCACACAGGAGAGAAGCCAUAUAAAUGCAUGGAGUGUGGAAAGGGGUUCCAUAUCAGUUCAUCCCUUCUGAAACAUAAGAAGAUUCAUACAGGGGAUAAACCAUAUAAAUGCAUGGAGUGUGGAAAGGGCUUCAGUUUACUCAGUAAUCUUACAUCCCAUAAAAGGGUCCACACAGGGGAGAAGCCGUAUAAAUGCACGGAGUGCGGAAAAGUCUUCAGUGGACUCAGUGGUCUUAAAUCCCAUAAAAGAAUCCACACAAGAGAGAAGCCAUAUAAAUGCAUGGUGUGUGGAAAAGGCUUCAGACAACAUGGUAAUCUUAUUUCCCAUAAAAGGACUCACACAGGAGAGAAACCAUACAAAUGUAUGGAGUGUGGAAAAGGCUUCAGCCAACGUGGUAAUCUUACUUCCCAUAAAAGAAUCCACACAGGGGAGAAGCCAUAUAAGUGCAUGGAGUGUGGAAAGGGCUUCAACAAACUCAGUGGUCUUACAUCCCAUAGAAGGAUCCACACAGUGGAGAAGCCGUAUAAAUGCGUAGAGUGUGGAAAGUCUUUUAGUCACAGCCAUCACCUUACUUGCCAUAAAAGGAUCCACACAGAGGAAAAGCCAUUUAAAUGCAUGGAGUGUGGAAAGGGUUUCACUAAACCAAGUAGCCUUACUUCCCAUAAAAGGAUCCACACAGGGGAGAAGCCAUUUAAAUGCAUGGAGUGUGGAAAGACCUUUAGUUGCAGCAGUAAUCUUACCUCCCAUAAAAGGAUCCAUACGGGGGAAAAGCCAUAUAAAUGCAUAGAAUGUGGAAAGAGCUUCAGAGUACAUAGUGAUCUUACUUCCCAUAAAAGGAUCCACACCGGGGAGAAGCCAUAUAAAUGCAUAGAAUGUGGAAAGGGCUUCAGAAUACAUAGUGAUCUUACAACCCAUAAAAGGAUCCACACAGGGGAGAGGCCUUACAAAUGCAUGGAAUGUGGAAAGACCUUUACUCAUAACAGUCAACUUGCUUCCCAUAAAGCGAUCCACACUGGAGAGAGGCCUUACGUAUGCGUGGAAUGUGGAAAGUCUUUUACUCAUAGCAGUCAACUUGCUUCCCAUAAAUGGAUUCAUAGAGGGGAGAAGCCAUAUAAAUGCAUGGAGUGUGGAAAGGGGUUCCAUAUCAAUUCAUCCCUUCUGAGACAUAAGAGGAUUCAUACAGGGGAUAAACCAUAUAAAUGUAUGGAGUGUGGAAAAGGCUUCAGUGAGCUCGGUAAUCUUACUUCCCAUAAAAGGAUCCACACAGGGGAGAGGCCAUAUAAAUGUAUGGAGUGUGGAAAGGGUUUCAGUGAACACAGUAAUCUUAUUUCCCAUAAAAGGACUCACUCAGGAGAGAAGCCAUUUAAAUGCAUGGACUGUGGAAGGGUUUUCAGUCAACACAGUAGUCUUACUUCCCAUAAAAGGAUCCACACAGGGGAGAAGCCAUAUAAAUGUGUCGAAUGUGGAAGGUGCUUCAGUGAACACAGUAAUCUUAUUUCCCAUAAAAGGACACACACAGGAGAGAAGCCAUAUAAAUGCAUGGAGUGUGGAAAGUGCUUCAGCCGACCAGGUAUUCUUACUUCCCAUAAGAGGAUCCAUAGAGACGAGAAGCCAUAUAAAUGCAUGGAGUGUGGAACGGGAUUCCAUAAAAUUUCAUCCCUUGUGAGACAUAAGAGAAUCCACACAGGUGAUGCUCCAUAUAAAUGCAUAGAGUGUGAAAAGAGCUUCGACAAAGAGAGUAAACUUACAUCCCAUAAAACAAUCCAUACAGGGGAGAAGCCAUUUAAAUGCAUGGAGUGUGGAAAAGGCUUCAGAGUGCUCAGUAAUCUUACAUCCCAUAAAAGAAUCCACACAGGGGAGAAGCCAUUUAAAUGCAUGGAAUGUGGAAAGACUUUUACUUAUAGGAAACAACUUAGUUCCCAUCACUUUACCCACACAGGGGAAAAACCGUACAAAUGCAUGGAGUGUGGAAAGGGCUUCAGCCAACACAGUAAACUUACUACUCAUAAAAGGAUCCACACAGGGGAGAAACCAUACAAGUGCAUGGAGUGUGGAAAGAGCUUCCGCCACCAUAGUGGUCUUACUUGCCAUAAAAGGAUCCACACAGGAGAGAAACCAUUUAAAUGCAUGGAAUGUGGAAAGGGAUUCAGUGCAAACUGCAAUCUUACUUCCCAUAAAUGGAUCCACACAGGAGAGAAGCCAUUUAAAUGCACAGAGUGUGGAAAGACUUUUAGUCAGAGCAGUGCCCUUACUCUCCAUAAAAGGAUCCACACAGGGGAGAAGCCAUUUAAAUGCACGGAAUGUGGAAAGUCUUUUAGUCAGAGCCAUCACCUUACUCGCCAUAAAAGGAUCCACACAAGGGAGAAGCCAUAUAAAUGCAUGGACUGUGGAGAGAGCUUUAAGAGGAGCAACAACCUAAUUUCCCAUACAGAAAUACACUUGGGUGAGAAUCUGUAUAAAUGCAGGGAGUGUGGAAAGGGCUUUAGCAAACCAAGUCAUCUUACAUCCCAUCAAAGGAUCCACACAGGAGAGAAGCCAUAUACAUGCAUGGAGUGUGCAAAGGAUUUCAGAACAAGCAGUGAACUUACAUCCCAUAAAAGGAUCCAUACAGAGGAGAAUCCAUAUAAAUGCAUGGAGUGUGGAAAGGGCUUCAACAAACAUAGUCAUCUUACAUCUCAUCAAAGGAUCCACACAGGGGAAAAGCCCUAUAAAUGCAUGGAGUGUGGAAAGGGCUUUACCCAACAUGGUCAUCUAGUAUCCCAUAAAAGAAUCCACACAGGAGAGAAGCCAUAUAAAUGCAUUGAGUGUGGAAAGGGCUUCACCCAACAUUGUCAUCUUAUAUCCCAUCAAUGGAUCCACACAGGAGAGAAGCCCUAUAAAUGUAUGGAGUGUGGAAAGGGCUUCACCCAACAUUGUCAUCUUAUUUCCCAUAAAAGAAUCCACACAGGAGAGAAGCCAUAUAAAUGCAUGGAGUGCGGAAAGGGCUUUAGAGCACAUGGAGAUCUUACAUCGCAUAAAAGGGUCCACACAGGGGAAAAGCCAUAUAAAUGCAUGGAAUGUGGAAAGGGCUUCACAGCACACAGAGAUCUUACAUCCCAUAAAAGGAUCCACACAGGGGAGAAGCCAUAUAAAUGCAUGGAGUGUGGAAAGGGCUUCAACAACCACAGUAAUCUUACAUGCCAUCAAAGGAUCCACACGGGGGAGAAGCCGUAUAAAUGCAUGGAGUGUGGAAAGGGCUUCAGAACAAGCAGUGAUGUUACAUCCCAUCAAAGGAUACAUACAGAGGAGAAGCCAUAUAAAUGCAUGCAGUGUGGAAAGAGUUUCAGGAAACACAGUAAUCUUACAUCCCAUCAAAGGAUCCACACAGGGGAGAAGCCGUAUAAAUGCAUGGAGUGUGGAAAGGGCUUCAGCCAACAUAGUAAACUUACAUCUCAUCAAAGGAUCCAUACAGGGGAGAAGCCAUAUAAAUGCAUGGAGUGUGGAAAGGACUUCACCCAGCAUAGUAAUCUUACUUCCCAUAAAAGGAUCCACACUGGAGAGAAGCCAUAUAAAUGCAUAGAAUGUGGAAAGGGCUUCACCCAACAUUGUCAUCUUAUUUCCCACAAAAGAAUCCACACAGGAGAGAAGCCAUAUAAAUGCAUGGAGUGUGGAAAGGGCUUCAGAGCACAACGAGAUCUUACAUCCCAUCAAUGGAUCCACACAGGGGAGAAGCCAUAUAAAUGCAUGGAGUGUGGAAAGGGUUUCAGCCAACACAGUAAACUUACAUCCCAUCAAUGGAUCCACACAGGGGAGAAGCCAUAUAAAUGCAUGGCAUGUGGAAAGGGCUUCAGAACACGCACCGAUCUUACAUCUCAUCAAAGGAUCCACACAGAGGAGAAGCCGUAUAAAUGCAUGGAGUGUGGAAAGGGCUUCAGCAAACACAGUCAUCUUACAUCCCAUCAAAGGAUCCACACAGGGGAGAAGCCGUAUAAAUGCAUGGAGUGUGGAAAGGGCUUCACCCAACAUGGUCAUCUUGUUUCUCAUAAAAGAAUCCACACGGGAGAGAGGCCAUAUAAAUGCACAGAGUGUGGAAAGGGCUUCAUCCAACACAGUAAACGUACAUGCCAUCAAAGGAUCCACACAGGAGAGAAGCCAUAUAAAUGCAUGGAGUGUGGAAAGGACUUCAUCCAACACAGUAAAUUUACAUCCCAUCAAUUGAUUCAUACAGGAGAGAAGCCAUAUAAAUGUAUGGAGUGUGGAAAGAGUUUCAUAACAUGCACUGAUCUUACACGCAAUCAAAGGAUGCACACAGGGAAGAAGCCAUAUAAAUGCAUGGAGUGUGGAAAGGGCUUCAUCCAACACAGUAAAUUUACAUCCCAUCAAAGAAUCCACAUAGGAGAGAAGCCAUAUAAAUGUAUGGAACAUUGAAAGUGUUUCAUAACAUGCACUGAUCUUACACGCCAUCAAAGGAUGCACACAGGGGAGAAGCCGUUUAAAUGCAUGCAGUGUGGAAAGGACUUCAGAACAAACAGUGAUCUUACAACCCAUCAAAGAAUCCACACAGGAGAGAAGUUAUAUAAAUGUAUGGAAUGUCUAAAGAAUUUCAGAAGAUGCACUGAUCUUAUACGUCAUCAAAGGAUGCACACAGGGGAGAAGCCAUAUAAAUGCGUGGAGUGUGGAAAGUGCUUCAGCAAACACUGUCAUCUUACUUCCCAUAAAAGGCUCCACACAGCAGAGAAGCCAUAUAAAUGUAUGGAGUGUGGAAAGGAUUUCAGAGCACAUAAAGAUCUUAGAUCCCAUAAAAGGAUUCACACAGCGAACACAAAGGAGAAGCUAUAUAAAUGCAGAGAGUGUGGAAAGGGCUUCAGCAAACCAAGUCAUCUUACAUCCCAUCAAAGGAUCCACAUAGGAGAGAAGCCAUAUAAAUGCAUGGAGUGUGUAAAGGAUUUCAGAACAAGCUGGGAACUUACAUCACAUCAAAGGAUCCACACAGGGGAAAAACCCUAUAAAUGCAUGGAGUGUGGAAAGGGGUUUAGAACAAGCAGUGAAUGUACAUGCCAUCAAAGGAUCCACACAGGGGAGAAGCCCUAUAAAUGCAUGGAGUGUGGAAAGGGCUUCAGAAAAAGCAGUAAUCUUAUAUGCCACCAAAGUAUCCACACAGGGGAGAAGCCCUAUAAAUGCAUGGAGUGUGGAAAGAGAUUCACCCAACAUGGUAGUCUAGUAUCCCAUGAAAGAAUCCACACAGGAGAGAAGCCAUAUAAGUGCAUAGAAUGUGGAAAGGGCUUCAAGAAACACAGUCAUCUUACAUCCCAUCAAUGGAUUCAUAAAGGAGAGAAGCCGUAUAAAUGUAUAGAAUGUGGAAAGGGCUUUACCCAACACUGUCAUCUUAAUUCCCAUAAAAGACUCCACACAGGGGAAAAGCCCUAUAAAUGCCUGGAGUGUGGAAAAGGCUUUACCCGACAUAAUGUUCUUAUUUCCCAUAAAAGAGUCCACACAGGGGAAAAGCCAUAUAAAUGCAUGGAGUGUGGAAAGGUCUUCAGAACAAACAGUCAUCUUACAGUCCAUCAAAGGAUCCACACAGGGGAGAAGCCAUAUAAAUGCAUGGAGUGUGGAAAGGGCUUCAACAACCAGAGUCAUCUUACAUGCCAUCAAAGGAUUCACACAGGGGAGAAGCCCUAUAAAUGCAUGGAGUGUGGAAAGAGCUUCAUCCGACAUAAUGUUCUUAUUUCCCAUAAAAUAAUCCACACAGGAGAGAAGCCAUAUGAAUGCAUGGAAUGUGGAAAGGGCUUCAGUCAACACAGUAAACUUACAUCCCAUCAAAGUAUACAUACAGGGGAGAAGCCAUAUAAAUGCAUGGAGUGUGGAAAGGGCUUCAGGACAGGUAGUGAACUUACAUCCCAUCAAAGGAUACAUACAGGGGAGAAGCCCUAUAAAUGCAUGGAGUGUGGAAAGGGCUUCAGGACAAGCAGUGACCGUACAUCCCAUCAAAGGAUACACACAGUGGAGAAGCCCUACAAAUGCAUGGAGUGUGGAAAGGGUUUUACCCAACAUGGUCAUCUUAUUUCCCAUAAAAGAAUCCACACGGGAGAGAGGCCACAUAAAUGAAUGAAGUAUGGAAAGGGCUUCUACCAACACCAUACUCUUACUUCCCAUAACAUCAUUCAUAGAUGCGA